CGGUCCAAGCUGUGCAGCCUCUUUGAGAGCGACUACAUUUUCGACAAGUUUGAAUGCUCAAUUAACGGCUCUGAUACUCACCUCAUGACGGGCUCGUACAACAACUUUUUCAAGAUAUUUGACCGUCGGACGAAGCGGGACGUGAUGUACGAGGCCACUAAGGAGAUUGCCAGCUCACUCAGUGGUCUCAAGCCCAGAAAGGUGUUUAGCAAUUCGGUGACGACGGCCAAGAAGAAGAAGGACGAGAUGAAUGUGGACAGUCUGGACUUUACCAGCAAGAUUCUGCACACUGCCUGGCAUCCAGAGGACAACAUUAUUGCCGUGGCGGCGACAAACAAUUUGUUUCUAUUUAAAGAGUGCGGCGAUUCGUCGCAGCUUCCACAACAGGGCGUCCUUCAGCAACCAGUGCCAAUGGAGUCAGA